CUAAACACUAGCCCUUUCAAGCUUAGCGCCACACACACACAUUCCGAGGAAAAUGGAACUUCUGGCCCCGCCAGCAGAGACUGAAGGAAAUCUCUCUUCAAACCCCGGCUUUCCAACCACACUCUGCCCAAAAUGAGCGGCGAAGACCCCCCAGAGAGGCCUGACUUUGUCAGGAAUAUCAUCGGCGGCCUGGAGCGGUACAAUCCCGAGGCGGCUGGCAUGCUCGAGGGAUACGUGCAGCAGCAAUGCGAGGAGAAAUUCUGUGACUGCAACGCCAACCGGGCACUUCUGAAGCUAUACCAGCUCAACCCCGACCGCAUCAAGGAUGAGGUCAUCACCAACAUCCUCGUCAAGGCCAUGACGCAGUUCCCCAGCAGCCAGUUCGACCAGGCGCUGCACCUGCUGUCCCCGCAGGUGUCCAACCCUGGGCCGGGCGCGGCGUCGGAGCUCGCCGAGGCGGUGGGCAAGCUGCGGGCGCUCAACGCGCAGCUCGAGGGCGCGCAGUACGCGCGCUUCUGGGCCACCAUGGACAGCGACGACCUGUACGCCGACCUGACGACCGACAUCGCCGGGUUCGAGGAGAUGGUGCGCCUGCGCAUCGCCCAGCUCGUCAGCGAGGCCUUCCGCGAGGUCCCGCUCGCCGUCCUCGAGGCCUGGCUCGGCCUCGACGAGGCCGACGUCACAAAGUUCGCCGUCGAGACCUGCGGCUGGAAGCCCGGCCCCGACGGCCUGUUUCAGGUCCCGAGGAACGUGGAGAACGAGGCGAAGAAGUCGGAGAUCAGGGAGGACGUCAACGUGAACAUGUUUGCGCGGGUGAUUAAGAGGAGUUGGGAGGAGGCAGCUUGAGGUCCGGAUAUCAUGGUCGGGGAACGAGUCUUUUUUUUAAUGCUUGCAAUGCCCCCCCCGUGACACGAGCCUCAAAACUGGCUCUUUUACUCUUCUGCAUCUGGCGGCAAAAAGCUCUGGCGUUUUAAGGGUUUUACAGGGCAGGCAGGAUGAAUGGCAGCCUGCAAAGAUGACUAGACGUUCUCAUUGUAAUUGUCAUGAAUGACCUGAUGCGCAACUUCAUCACAUCGUACUGUACAAAACCUCAAGGCUGCAUCCGUGAUAUGGUGUUGCAUGAUAUCGUAUGGCAUAUGUCAAAUCUCGUAGCCAGCAGCAACAAGUCUAU